AUAUUUCAAGAUGGCCGCCGAUAGAUGAACCGGACGCGAGGUUUUUGCGGUCAAGGCGAAUAUUGGCUCAGCUUUCUUUACCCGGUCAUGUCAAGGCCUCAGUAGCCGCAGCUUUCCUGACGGGGUCACAUGGUUCAACGUUCCGUGAACAUCUUUAACCGCACAGACGACAUUUUGUCUUCAUAUUCGGAGUGGGCACGUCACAACAAAGUCACGAGAUUGUCAGCACAAUACAGUUGUAGCCUGUAAACAAAUUGUAUUGUUGGGAGCCAAGGACAGAAGAGGCCAACUCUUUCGAUUUUCAGCCUGCUGUGGUGGACUUGGUAGAGAUGACAGAUGCUCUCUCGGAACCAGUAUAGUCGUAUAGGGGAGAACGAGGAGGGGGACAUCAACAAGCCUCUCUUCGGGGAGUCCAGACCACAGGAACGAGUUAUCCAUUGGGUUCUGGGUUUCCUCACAUUUCUGUUUGUAGGAGUGACAUUAGUCAGUGCCUUCAUCUUCCCAAAAUGGCCGCCCCAGCCCGUCAACUUGUACUUCGGCGUGUGUGUCAUCCUCACAUGCAUCUCCAACAUCAUUCUGAUCUUCUGGUACAGAAAGGGGGACAUCGACCCCAAGUUUAGAAGCCUGAUCUACUAUAACGCUUUCGUGAUCCUGGUUCUGUGUGUGUGCGCAAACCUGUACUUCCACGGGGUGAAGUAACAAAACGCAACUCUACUGUACAGGGUACGAUGUAGGGGAACAUUGUAUAGGUGGUUUCAAGUGAUGUCACAGCUGCUAUGCUGGUCGGUUGAUCCUGGAAGAGUUCAGUCACCUGUAAAUUUGUAUGUGUACAAUUACAGGGAACAAUUACAUGGUAACUUCAUGCAAAACACCCAUUAGCUGUAUUCAGUAAGCAACAACAGUACUACUGUUUUAGUGAUAAUGUUUCCUGAUGUAUGAAUACAUGUAUAAAAUAAUUAUCACUGGCUGACAGAAUAGUAAGAUUUCUUGCUUUACAGAUUUUGGAAAUAAGACUGAUGUAAAGAAAAAUAGGCAUUUUAAGUUUGACUUCAAGAAUGGUACAUGUGGAAAAACUUGUAUAAUACAUGUAAUUGAUAAGUCACUUGUAGUUAAUUUGUGUUUUAUUUUUGCUUAGGCUUACAGUACUACUAUAUGAAAAAAAACUUUUUGUGCGUGUAAAUUUUUGUUCCUAAUUUAUUGUUUCUGAAAGAGGAUGCCGUAUUUUCAUGUACAGUUAAUAGCUUAUUCCAUUCAUUAACUAGACACAAUGUUAGACAAUAGUUGGGGAAUAUUCACUUGUAUUCAUAUUACAAAAUUGUGGAUAUUCCACUUAUCACAUUUGGGUUACUUAGUUGGAAACUUUAUUUCAGUUGUCAAUCAAAACAACUGUAUGCCCCAACCAUUAUUUUUUUAUUUUACACAUUCAACUUGGGACUGAAAGAAAUGUACUCCUUGCACAUGUAGGUGGGGUACGUUACAAAAAAUGAAAUUCAAAAUAUGAUAGAAUUGUUCUUGUUUUAUUAAAGAUAUAUUGUUAAAGCAUUGGCUUACAGGAAUGGCCCCAUGUACAAUGGAUCCUAGAUUAGAAUACAAAUGUUAUAUAUGCUUUGAGCUAUGUAUGACUUUUAUAAGCUUUACCAACAUUUGGUCAGUACCAUGCAUGUUACCUUUUCUGUACAUUACUUGAACCACAUUCCAUUAUCUUGCCUUGAGUUUAAGCACAGCUUUGUUUUUACAUAAAAAGAAUUUCAUGUUAACAUAGAGCUUGAGUGGUAAAUUAUUGAUACAAUUAGACUGGUUGCAUAUUCACAUUUUAGUUUUUCAGUUGAAUGUUUAUUGAAUGGACCAAUCCUUAAGCCCCGCUCUUCGAUCAUGUUCUAUUUCGAACACCUCCAUCAAAAACAGUGCUAGUAGGACAGAACUGUAACUGAUAAAACCGACUGACUUGGGUUUAGCUUUUUUGGCCCUAAAAUCCUCUCAGAUUGGGCCAAAAAAAUACGAUGCCCUCUUUAUUAAAGGCUACAUCCACUUGGUAUAGUCGUUUGAGGAGGGGACACAUAUAGCUGCGGUAAGGGCAUUAUAAUUUCCGUCAAAGUGAAAGCAGGAGGCACUCCAUAGCAUUACAUUGUUGGUGGGCAAGAGUGCCUGGUUUUUGACAUGCGGUCUAUGCAUGUGUAAAGCAGGUGUUCGAAAUAGAAUAGGGGUUUUUACCUUUGUUUGAUAUGAUGUUCGAUCAGGAUCGGUCCAUUAUUAAUUGAAGUUAGCAUUAUUACAGUAAUUUAUUGAUUGAAGUAUGUAUACUACAUGUAUUAUGUUUUUUUCCAGUACAACUGAAAUGUAAGAUAAUACACAGGCAACAGUGGUGUUUGAUUUUGUCUAGUCAAAGAGUACUUAAAUAGGUCAUGUACAGUUUAAUCAUUUGAAUUUGCCACCGUAUGUACUUACAUAAAUAUAUUCUCUAAGCAGAAGCGAUCGUGGAGAUACGUGUUGAAGCGGUUUGGAUUUUUGCCGUCUCGCUCUCCUCACAAGGGAAGUGAGCCAGUAAAACCCUGCAGCUUACAUGUUUUAACCUGUUAAGAAUAAAGAUUCUUGCUUGUUGCUGUA